AUGGCCAACGAAGAGAGGGAAAGGGUUGCAGCCCAGCGAAUACCCAAACGCACGGAAGACCUUGACGAUGCGCCCGGUGUGGACCAUCGGCCAACGUUUGCCGUUCCUUCGGCGGCCGGAGAACCCCGCGCGGCCUUUGCCGUGCUCGGUCGCAUUCCACCGACGGCCGCCGACCGGCCAUCCAACACCCUUUCGAAGGCCAGCGACAACUGCAUUGUUCUGGUCCUCUGCUUGGUCAAAGAGAGGCGUGGCUCGCCUCCGGAGGACUCCGUCUGUCGACGGUUCGACCUCGCUACGGCCAUGCCUCUCCGCGACCGUUAG